UUGAACGGUCAUAUUGUAUAGUAUUGUGAGAAAAGUAGUUUUUUAAGUAAAAAGUAUAAUUGAAUGUUGAUUAUUUGAAAUAGUUGCAAGUUUAAUUUAAUCUAAAUGCUUCUCGGUUUUAACUUUCGGGUCUUGUGACAUAAACUUUCGUCUUAGUCAUGCCUUUGAAAUGGUAUAACAUUUAAUCACUCCAGUGAACACGGCACUGUGUCUCUCUUUAGAUCUCUUCAGUGACUCAGUACUUCCAGUGGUUUAAUCAAUAUCAAACUGGACGUAUCUUGUAAUUUAUUUUAUCUAUUUGCAAUUCAUUACUAUUCGUCAAUAGUAAUCACGGUAAGUAUUUUCAUCAUCAUUUUGAAAUGAACUUACACCGUUUGAUUCUUGUUUUCACUUCGAUGUCAAUUAUUUUUGCAUCAUUAAAAAUGGCACGGUGUAAUUUGUGUGAUUGCAAUCAUUGUGAUGAUGGUAGUAAAGUAAUCAGUAUUCGGGAAAAUAAGUUAAGUGAUGAUGAUGAUGACGAUAAAGAAAAUGAGAAGAUUGGUAAUGACGAUGACAAUGAAACCUCGUUAGAGUAUCAAUUGGUAUUAAAAGAAGAUUUGGAUGGUGAUGGAAUUUUCACGAUUUGUGCACGAGAUCGUGACCAUGAGGAUCGAUCUUUUCCAAGUAUUUGUCACAUGUUGUGUCACAAUUCUUGUACUGAAUUUAACGCCAAAGAAAAUAAAGAAAGUAAUGGAACGUACGACGUGAUGGCGUACAGAACGAAUUAUUAUAAACUCCACGAUGGUCCUUGUCGGAGACAUUAUACGUAAUCAACAGUGCGUGUAAUUAAAAACAAAAAUAAUACAAUCAAUUUUACUAGGGAAUAUUUUUGUUAAUAAGUUAUAAAACUAAGUACUCUUAAAUGUAAUAAUUUAUUUGAACAAAAAAUAUUUUUAUAUCUAAG